UAAUUAAAAAUAAUAAAUUGAGGGUUCUUUGGUUUAGGAAGAACUGGUUCGUACGGCGCAACUGAUGCUCUGAAUUUUACCCUAUGCGUCCCGAUGAGGCCGAUUGUAUCUACUAUUUGAGAACACGGGAUUUUGCAGUUACGGCGCACGGUGUCGUUUCAACCAUCCUUGUGACCGUGCCGUGGCAAUUACUUCUUCUUAAUUAUCGUUUCGCAGGGUUUUGGCUUCGUUGCUUCCUCGUGUUCGUGUUUGUGUCUCCUAUUUUGCUUUUGAUCUCGGCUCUGUGUGGUUUACUAUGAACGGUUACAAUUCAGUUAUUGGAGCUGCGGCGAGGACUUGAGGAGACUUUCCAGAACGCGUGGGACAGCCUCUGUGCCAGAUGAAAACUGCAGUGAUGAUAUUGAGAAACCUGGAGGCACUUGAGCAUAUUAUUAAAGCAGGAUGGAGGAUUUCUAAGUUCUUCUGUUUUGUACACGUUACCCAAACCUAUCUGAUCGCCCCUGCUGUGAUCUAUGGUCCUAGCAUGCUUCCUACAAUCGAUUUGAAAACAGCUGUGUUCUUAAUGGAAAAGAUCUCACCCUGGUUUGGUAAAGUUGCUUGUGGAGAUAUUGUAGUCUUGCGCAAUCCUCAAGACCCUAGGCGCUUCAUGACCAAACGUGUGGUUGGAUUGGAGGGUGAUAGCAUUACAUACAUUUCCAAUCCUGAGACCUAUGAAUUGGAGGGUGAUAGUUUUACACACAUUUCCUCUCUUGAUAACAGUGAUAAGUCUAAGACUAUUUUGGUUCCAAAGGGGGCCGUUUGGGUAGAGGGAGAUAAUAAGUAUAACAGCAAUUAUUCAAGAAAAUUUGGUCCUGUUCCUUAUGACCUUAUUGAUGGCAAGAUGUUCUGGAGGAUAACACCACUUAAAAAAUUUGGACCUUUCUGGAAUAAAUGAUCUGAAGCAAAGCAUUCUGUCAUGGAAGCUACAAUCUUUUGCAGCAUGGCUUUGUAUGUUUAAUUUUGAAAGGCAAAACCCUACCUAUCUGUAGUUUAUUCCCUAGACUGGUGCAUUUUGCUCACCAAAGAUUCAAAUUACCACAUUUUGUUUUAAGGGCAGUUUUUUUUUACUGCAGUUUAUCUUUUAUGCAUUAAGUAAAUGAAAAGUAGUAGAUGAUCAUAAAAAUCUACUCAGAUAUUAGAAAUGGAACAUAGAAUUUUCUGCUGUUUGAGCA